CUUUUGUAAUUGUUUGUCUUUUCUUUUUUUUUUCUCUUUUUUUUUUAUAGAACAAAACUUUUACUAGGGUCACCAUGUCCAAGUUUGCUGAAUUUAGACAACAAGCUGAAAUUGCUAUUGAAAAUAUUCUUCAAGCCAUUGUAGACCAAGGUCAAUCUCAUCCAGGAGAAGAUUUACAACCAUGUAUCGAAGAACAGAUCGAUCAACAUAUUACUCCCAUCAGUGGUACACUUGCAUCAGAAACGUUUGGUAUUUUACAUGAUAAGCCUGAUUGGCGCAAGAAUACUUUAGAACUUGUUCUUCGAAGACGUUUACUUCAAAUAGUGGAUCUUCUUCCUGAAUCAAACCCUGAAUUAUUUAACAAAUUAUUCGAAUUGUUGGACGUGAUUCUCACUCUUCAAGAAAAAGACUAUUUGGAGCAAAUUAUUCCACUGACUUUUAUAGAAGAAUUGAUGGAUGUACAUACUAUUACCAGUUGUGAAAGAUUAUUUGAUUAUGUGGAAAGUCGAAAAACUCGAUUGAUUGUCAAUAUGAUUCCUGGACGUGGAAAAGCUCUUGUACUGCUCCGAACGUGUAAUGAAAUGUUAAGACGAUUAUCCAAGGAAACAAAUACUGUAUUCUGUGGUCGCAUUCUUAUGUUUCUUGCUAAUUCAUUCCCUCUUGGUGAACGAUCAGGUGUCAAUUUACGUGGUGAUUUUAACUCGGAACCGAUUCAUUAUGACAGUGAUGAAAUGGUGGACAAUGAUGAAACAAUGACUGAUGAUCAAAAGACAUUUUACAAGAUAUUCUGGUCUACUCGUAAAUAUUUCUCAGAUCCUCCUACUGUACUUCAAGCCGACAAUUUUAUUGAACUCCAAAAGGGAGCUCAAAUUAUCUUUGAAAAAUUUGGUGAAAUUGCGAAAAAUGAGGAAGAGGUAUCGGGAGCCAAGUCAUUACAAGUAGCAGGAUUCAAAAGGAAGUCGAUGACAAUACAUACUGACGAUAAUGAUACAGCAGAAGCCAUAUUGAAGGAAAUCAACAAUGAUUAUCGUUUUCCUCGAUUAUUGACAAAUCGAAAACUAUUGGAACUCGAAAUUGAGGAUGUUAGAUUCCGACGAAAUGUGAUACUUCAAUUUUUGAUUCUAUUCCAAUACAUUUCAGCAUUCUCUCAAGAUGAAAAAGAAAAUACUCGAUCUUUACUGGCUGCACGUGGAGCAAACAAACAAACCUUGGUACAGCCUACUUACACCGUGACCAAUGAACAGAUAGAAUGGAUGACUGAUAUGGAAUCAAAAUUGAUUGACUUAUUACGACACACUAAACCUCAUGGCAAUCUUUAUACCGACAUUGUAUUGAUUGUACUUAAACAUGAACGCAAUUGGAUCAUUUGGAAAGCAUCAGGAUGUCCACCAUUUGAAAAACCACCAUUAGACUCUAGUAUUUUGGAACAAGCACGCCAGCAAAGGAAGAAAAUAUUGAAGACAACUCCUUCUAAUUAUCGGUUUUCCUAUGGUAAUAUGGAAAUGAGCAAUAUGUAUGGAAAGCCCAGAGAAACCCUGGCGACUAUUAUGCAAUCAAGACAAAGUACACCUUCACCUGUGAACAUCAUCGAUCAAUCACUAAAGAUAUUAGAUAGAGAAAAGGAUGCGACAGUGGAAGAACGUUACAACAUUGCGAAUGGAGCUCUGUUUCAAGUGACAAGAUUGAUGUUCCGAACACAUGCAUCAUUGAUUCCCAAGGUAUACGACAUGAAACGAACUUAUUUCAAUGAACUGGUCAGUCCUGGAUCAUCAGCAUCUUCAAUGUCUAGCUCGACACCACCAAUAAAACCAUUGAAAACAUCAUCAACAACAGUAAAUUCAUCGGGUAUACUCUCUGAAUCAGGUGAUGCCAUCACUGAAAAACACGUGGAAAUGGAAGUCAAGGUACUUAAGGAAGUCAAGAAACUCAUAGUGGAAGAAGGAUUAGUAGAAAGAAAACAAAUUGUUGUCACCAAUCAAUGUCAACCAGAUCUUCAAGUAAAUCAAUUAUCUAAUAAUAACAACACAGCUUUUAACAAUACUACGGUUGUCGUCGCGUCACAAACAUCAUACAUAUUCACUGUCAGUCCAACUUGGUCCGGAAGAAUAUGGGGCCAACCAGUAUGUGAGGAUGAUAUUUGUUCUCAUAGUCCUGUAUCACUUGCCGAAUUCACAAUGAAUACCCAUGAUCAUGAUUUUUAUGACAUAUCGUUUGUGGAUGGAUUUAAUCUGCCCAUGACUAUUGCUCCUCGUUCUAUUAUGGAAACAAAUAAUACAAAUCAGUGUCAACGAGUAGGUUGUGGUCAAUUACCAAAAUGUCCAAAUGAUUUGAUACAGAGUCAAGGCUGUCAAAGUGCUUGUUCACGAUACCAUCAAGAUGAGUACUGUUGUAUGGGUGAUUACAACACGCCAGAUACUUGUGUCACGAAUCACUAUGCCGAGGCAGUUAAAAAGGUAUGUGGUCAAGUGUAUACAUUUCCAUUUGAUGAUGCUACUAGUACUUACUAUUGUAAUGAUGACGUGUAUGAUGUUGUCUUUUGUCCAACUUGAUUCAUCAAUAAGAGAGUGAAUACGUGAGAAUCAUUCUUGUAUUUUCAUUUUUUUUUUUAAAAAUAAUAAAAAAUCAACUUUCAAGAAUGAAAGAAGAAAAACAAAAAAUUGGAGUAAUCUCCAUUAUGUCCUGCAGCCACGGAAAUCUUU